CGUGCCUGCAACCGCAGGGGGCAAUGGGAUUGAUAGGGAUGUUUCCAUCAUGGCGGCAUCCAUUUCAGGUUAUACUUUUAGUUCUGUGUGUUAUCACAGCGCCAACAGCAACUCCGAUCACGAGGGUUUCCUGCUAGGAGAUGUACGACAAGAAGAGACUGUCAGCAUCAGUGACACACAGAUAAGCAGUGCAGAAUUGCUCCAGGUAGUAGAAAUUCAUAACCAUGAUCCGUGUGCACAGUUGUUUAGCUUUUAUGACUACGCGGGUAAAGUCAAUGAAGAAAAUCUCAACAGCAUUCUUAAAGAUAGACGGAAAAAUGUCAUUGGCUGGUACCGAUUCCGGAGGAAUACACAGCAGCAGAUGUCGUUCAGGGAACAAGUCAUUCACAAACAGUUGACUCAGCUGCUUGGUGUGCCCGACCUCAUCUUCCUUCUUUUUAGCUUCAUCUCCACGGCAAACAGCUCCACACAUGCACUGGAAUAUGUGCUCUUCAGACCUAACCGCAGUAGGUACAACCAGAGGAUCACCCUCUCAAUCCCAAACCUGGGCAACACAAGCCAACAGGAAUACAAAGUCUCCUCAGUGCCCAACACCUCAGUCAACUAUGCGAAGGUCAUCAAAGAGCAUGGAGCGGAAUUCUUUGACAAAGACGGUGUGAUGAAGGAUAUCCGAACAAUAUACCAAGUCUACAGCGCAUUACAAGAUAAAGUGCAGGCUGUAUGUGGGGAAGUAGAACAAAGUGAACGUGUGAAGGAGAAAAUCCAAGAAGAUGUGAACAAACUCAAACAACAAAUUGCUCUCAGGAAACGCAAGACAGCGGAAGAGGAGAGAAGACUCCGUGAGGCCCAGAACACAGACUCUCAUUCCACUCCAGAGGAGAAUACAGAGCCUUCUGAGUCUUCGCUCCUGUCCAGGAUAGCGUUCCAUAGCCCCUCUGCCCCACAGCGGCCCAGUACCUCACCUAACCCGCCCUCUUAUGCUGACCUCUUGUCCCAGGAUGACUCUCUGCUGUCCUCCUCAUCCUCUCCCACCAGUGCUGCUCUACUGCCUCGGCCCCAAGCUGUGGGCUCUCCAGGACACCCCACCCCUGGCCCGCUGGGUAUGGACUUGGGACUGGGCCUCGGGCUGGGCCUGAGCCUUGGGGCCAGCUCUAAUCCUGUUUCCACUCCCAGCACCCCAUACCUUGGCAAUGGAGAUGGAUCAAGCUCUGACUCGUUGGACAGACAAGCUGCAGGACAGGAAGAUGACGAGGAUGACGACGAGGAUGAUGAUGACGAGGAUGAGGACAGUAGCGAAUAUGAAAACCUAGUGAGUGAAACCACUCAUCUACCGGUGGUCUCUGGCAGCGUUUUGGCUCAAGGUCGGCCAGCUGCCCUCAGCCCUGACGGGGAUGCUCGAGGUUCACAGACCACAUAGAGGCAUGCCACAGGGUGUGUGAGGGACACACUUACGUGACACACCUUGAGAGGUGGCCAUCUCAAGCAAUCAAAGAUAGACAAAUAUAGACAAAAGAAGUGCCAGUCCUGAAUGUGAAAGGCAUGCGCAGGUGGUUGUCCCGCUGUGUGUAUUUCUUCUUGUCUUAGUCUGAUCUCCAUUUUAAGGAGAAACCUUGCAAGUCUUUGCAGGCUUAACAGGUCUUACUCAUAGGGGAAGAAGUUGUCUGUUUUUAUGUUCUUUUCAUUUUUGGAAUGGGGCGGUCAGGGUAUGUACAUGAGGAUGUGACUGGUUUUGGAGGAAGGUCAGAAAUGGAUGACACCAUGCCAACUGCUGGACCAAUUUCCUCCUAACAAAGACAGGUCCUCCAGUCUUUUUAUUAUCAUUUUGUUUCACAUUUGCUUCUCUGAGCACCCUCUUUAACCACAACUUCUUGCACUUUUAUGCCUUUUUUUUUUUUCUUAACAAACCAUUUAAGAAGAGCAAAGGGAAAAUAUUCUGCGGCCUUGAAACUAUUUUAUCACAGAAGUAGGUAAAUGGUUGUUAACUUUUUAUCCUUAAUUUGAAUAAUAUAUAUAAAUUAGUUCUUUAACAAUGCAGUUUCAUUUGAUUUUGGACGUAUUCCACUGCUACGUUUUCAUUUCCAUGUUUUCAAUCUACAGUCUUAAAUAAAUGAUACAGUUACCUAUUUAAAGAUGAAUAGAUUUCAAACUUGAUUUACUCUGCCACUUCUUUAAUGGGUGCUUUAUAUAUACACACACACACACACAUAUAUAUUUUGUUUGAACAAUUAAUCUAAUUUGAUUGACAAGAAUGUUAAUGUCUUGUUCUUUUUGGAUAACACUGAAAUUGUAUGCGCCUUGCUCCACUUAACAAAAUUUAAGAUUUCUGUACUCAUGCUAUAGCAAUGCUGUCAUGUGCCACUUGACUAGUCCUCUUUGACCACCCUGAGUCGGUCUCGGCUUAAGAUUUUUUUUUUUUUUCUUUGCGUGUUGUAUGAGGUUCACAGGGCAAACACAAUGUACUGUAGCUUUACUAAUGAGAUGCUUAAAGUUCCCUUUUUGCUGCUGCAACACAGAGAGCUGCCACUAAAAACUGCUUCUAUCCAUUGUUCUUAUAAAAGCCUGGCUGCUACUUCCACUUCUCUGCUGGUUGUCUCCAAUACUACUGAUCAUAACCAUAUAACCACUUCUCAGCUCUCGUCUUACUGACUUUUUUCUUUAUUAAAGUCAUAAUCGGAGCCUGAUAUCCCCUGCAGUGUGUGUGAAUUGUAACUGUAUUUCAUUGUUGGAACAGACAGGGAGACGUCCCCUUCUGUCUGUCUCUGUAGUUGACAGCAAACCUCAUGUAUUCUGACCUGCUUGGGUCAAACGCGUAUGGACCUGGAUAAUGUGAUGAAAACAUCUUGACCUUGUUUCAGUAUACAGUGCCUUCCACUCAGGGCAGUUUCUGUCUGCACACAGAACACAUUCACAGAUCUCUCUUAAGGGGUAAUAUGAAAUGAUAAAUGAUGUUGUGUUUGCAAUAAUUGACAUCCAGCUUUUUUUUUCCUGUUUGGUCCUGCAGUUAUACUGUAUGCCUCCCAUUUUCAAGAUCUGGUGUUCUAACUGAAACCAUCAUCACUGCUUCCUAAUGCUGUUUUCCCUUUUAAAUUCAACGGACAGCUUCUAAGUGAACCUGUAAUUUAAUGGUUGCAACUGUGAUUUUGCUUGCUUUAUUAUUUGAAACUGGAAUUAUAACUGUAAAACCAGAGGGAAUCUGCCUAAUGACCGAUACAUACACCCUGCAAGGCAAAGUUUUUGAGUAUGACAACUGAUGUAACUGUGUGGAAUAACAGGAUGCUGGAUAAAGGACACCCUCCUUGCAUGAACAGGUGAAAGCCUUAUUCAGCUCGGACAGACUUUGCACUGAACAUGCAGGGCGUCUGAUACUGAACUCAAGACGACUGCACUUGUUUUAGAAAAGAAGACCUCUUACUUGGGAGAAGCUUUGCCUUGUGAACAAAUACUGCUUUAUUCACACAGUCUGUCUGCUAUGUCAUGUUUUUUGCCUUAGGGUCAUUUCAUUUGCCCUGAUGUGUAAUGCCAAUGCAUCACCGAUCAGGAACUGGCACUCAAAAUGUUACUCAAUAAUCACCAGGAGUAACACAAUCACACAGUGUUAAGAAAUGACUUAAUCAAGUUUGUUAGGAGUAUGGUUUCCUUUGAGUACUGGAACAUAAUGAAAAAAUAAAUUAUGAAUGUAUAGUAGACAAGGCAAUGGGUAGCAUUUGAACAGCACUUAACUGUAUAAGCUUGUCUCACUUCAGUGUUCAGUGUGGUAUAGAGCAGCAGCUCUCAAUGUUGGUCCUUAUUCUAAAUCACGGUCCUCUAGAUGAAUGAUGGUCUUCUUGUUUUUUCUGUGUUUUUUUUUUUUUUUUUUUCUUGACUUGGGUUCCAGGUGUAUAACCAAUGUAACAGCUUGUAUGAAAACCAGCAGGGCUUUGAUCCUGAGGACCACCGAUAUAGAGCAUGAGAGGACUAGCAUUGUUAGGAUCCUAUACCUUUAAGUCCAUCUUAAUACAUACUAUAUACACUCAUGUACUCUUAAUGUAUGGGGGUGACCCUUACCUUCCUUCCCCUAGUGGGCCAUUGCAACAGCAACACCUCCCUGAAGCACAAAGUCCAGUUCCAGCUUAGAUCUUCUUGGCUUUUAUCUGGAUUUGUGUACUUGACAAAAGUAGACAAAGGACUUGCUGGAAUGAGCACAGAUAAUACGGUUCGUAAACAGGGGGAUAAUAAAUGAGACAUGCAUAUGUGGAAUUA